UGGCGUAUUUCGUGGUUCCGCUCGAGUCAUCGUCGACUACCUGACGCCGGACGGGCCGAGAGCGGUCGCACGUUAAGCACGGCGAAGUCGCGAGUCAGCGCGCCAUCGGCGACGCCAUCUUCGCCGCCUCUCGGCGUUCCGGGAAGGCCACGGCGACGCGCUCAGCCCAGCCAGCUGCCGACCUAACCUCAAAGCGGACAAAGAGGGAACCAGGCCGCGAGUCUGCCUGUGCGUUGCCGCGACUCUUCGGGCGUACUCGGACCGCUGGAACUUAAAUACCACCGGGAAACUCAGGCUUAGGACGUCUCGCUAUGAAACGUCCUCUCCGGAGGACUCGGUGAGCAGGUGCGAGCCAGUGCUAGUCUCCCGACCCGGAGCCUGAACGCCUACCUGGGACCCCUUCGGCGGAGCUCUCAUCUCGCUGUCGGUGAGAGACCUGUCUUGGAAGGAGGCUGCAGGAGUACCUCUCGCCCCUGACCUGGCUCGUAAAAAGGAAGGAGGGACAACGGCGCUCGACGGGGCCCUACAUCGCGGAUAAUCGGCGACGCGUCGCGAGGUCGCCGACUAAAUCGACAGAGUCGUCCCCGAGGUGGCGCCGACCUCCAGACCUCCAGGAAGGAAGAAGAGGAAGAGUCGCCGGAGAUCGGCCCCCCGGGAUGAGGCGAUCGGCCGGGUCGGCGCGCGGCGACCGAUGAGGCCUCGCGGGGUCGGCGGCGGGCGACGAGAGGACAAGAUGGAGGUCGAGGUCGACCGCUGAUCCCGGGCUCGAUCCGAUCCCGAUCCGGGGGCGCGGGUCGCGCGCCUCCGGAUGGGUUAGACUCGCGCUGGCCCUCGACGAUGGACGACGGAGACGCCCCCGAUCGUCCUUGGCCACCUCGGCAAGGAACUAGGAACCUCGAGGCCCACCAGAGGACCUCGACCUGAGAGACCUAGGGUCCGACGAUGGUCAUGAAGAUCUCCGCUGGAGACGCCGGCGUUCCUCUUUUGGGCGCCGUCGCGCAGAGGUGCGUCGUCAAACAGGCCACCGUCAAGAGGUGCGUCGCCGCCCUCCUCCUCGUCUCCGUCGCCAGCAUUUUCUACUACACGCACUAUAUCAUCAGCAGCCCGCUGUCGAGCCUGAUACAUAGAGACACGAGGCCGGAGCCUGCGAUCAGGUGUUCCACCCUGAGAGGUGCGACGAGACUGCCCACGGCGCCCGACCACCGCAGCGAGGCGAGGCUGAGGAUCGACCCGAAGGUCCUGGUCUUCGUGGAGACCCUCUACUCGAGGUUGGGUCGCGAAAUCGCCGAGCUGCUGGUCUACAAUCGAAUCAAGUACAAGGUGGAGGUUGCCGGGAAGUCGCUGCCGGUUCUGACGAACCUCGACAAGGGCCGCUACGGAGUCCUGGUCUUCGAGAACCUGAACAAGUACCUGCAGAUGGACAAGUGGAACCGCGAGCUCCUGGACAAGUACUGUCGCGAGUACUCGGUGGGCAUCGUCGGGUUUGCGCCUCCGGGCGAAGAGAGCCUGGUGGGAGCCCAGCUCAAGGGGUUCCCUCUCUUCGUGCACACCAAUCUCAGACUUAAGGACGCGCAAUUGAACGCAGCUUCGCCGAUCUUGAGACUGACCAGAGCCGGAGAGACGGCCUGGGGACCACUUCCUGGAGGAGACUGGACCAUCUUCCAGGCCAACCAUAGCACCUACGAGCCCCUGGCCUGGGCGCACAGGGACAGCCUCGAUUACCCUACAAAUAAGAGUCCUUUGGCCACGGUGAUUCAGGACCACGGCAGGUACGACGGCAUCCAGAGGGUUCUGUUCGGCGGUGGACUGCGUUUCUGGUUGCACAAAUUGCUGCUGCUGGACUCCCUGUCGUACCUCUCCCAUGGACAAUUGAGCUUGAGCCUAAAUCGCAUGAUCCUGGUGGACGUCGACGACAUCUUCGUGGGCGAGAAGGGAACAAGACUCAGGAAGGACGACGUCCUGGCUCUGCUGGCGACCCAACAAAGGAUCCAAGCCUUGGUGCCGGGGUUCAAGUUCAACUUGGGGUUCUCCGGGAAGUACUUCCAUCAUGGCACGUCGGAGGAAAACCUGGGGGACGAUAUGCUCCUAGAGAACGUAGACAGAUUUACGUGGUUCUCUCACAUGUGGAACCACCAACAGCCGCAUCUCUACGAGAACGUAACGCAUCUGCAACUGGACAUGGGCUUGAAUAAACAAUUCGCAAAGGACCACGGAAUCCCGACAGGAAGUGGGUACAGCGUGAGUCCCCAUCACUCUGGAGUGUAUCCGGUCCACGAGGGCCUCUAUGAGGCCUGGAAGAAGGUCUGGAACAUCAAGGUCACCAGUACCGAAGAGUAUCCUCAUCUCAGGCCGGCCCGGCUGAGACGAGGCUUCGUACACAGGAAUAUCAUGGUCUUACCCAGGCAAACCUGCGGCCUCUUCACCCACACCAUCUUUAUUGAAAGGUAUCCUGGAGGCAGAGAUAAGCUGGACGAAUCCAUUCAAGGUGGCGAGUUGUUCCAGACGAUCGUGUAUAACCCUAUAAACAUCUUCAUGACGCAUAUGUCAAAUUACGGGAACGACCGACUGGCCUUGUACACCUUCGAAUCCGUGAUAAAGUUCAUCCAGUGCUGGACGAAUUUGAGGUUAUCGAGCGCGCCUCCUCUUCAGCUUGGAGAGCGCUACUUCCAACUCUAUCCGGAGGAAUUCGAUCCAGUGUGGGGGAACCCCUGCGACGACCAGCGACAUCAGAAGAUCUGGUCAAGGAACAAAACCUGCGACCAGCUCCCCAGGUUCCUCGUAAUUGGACCCCAGAAAACCGGGACUACGGCUCUGUACACGUUUCUAUCGAUCCACCCGGCCAUCAGCAGCAAUCUUCCCAGCCCCGACACCUUCGAGGAGAUACAAUUCUUCAAUGGGAAGAAUUACUACAAAGGACUCGAUUGGUACAUGAGCUUCUUCCCGGCGUCCAAGAACGAAAGUUCUCGAUACUUGUUUGAAAAAUCGGCGACGUAUUUCGAUGGCGAGGCGGUACCUCGAAGAGCUCAUGCUCUGCUUCCGAAGGCCAAGCUGAUCACUAUACUUCUGUCACCUGCGAGGAGAGCCUACUCUUGGUACCAACAUACCAGGGUCCACGGAGACACCGUGGCUAACAAUUACAGCUUCCAUUCGGUUAUCACGGCCACUGAUACCGCGCCGAAGCCUCUUCGCGACCUCCGGAAUAGGUGCCUGAAUCCUGGGAAGUAUGCUCAGCAUCUUGAAAGGUGGUUGUCGUAUUACACUCCUCAGCAACUGCACAUCAUCGACGGGGAACAACUCAGGCAAAACCCUGUCGAGACUCUGCACGAGCUGCAGAGAUUUCUGAAAAUAACGCCGGCCUUUAACUACUCCUCGCAUUUGCGGUACGACCCAAAGAAGGGCUUCUUCUGUCAAGUGACGAACGAAGACCGCACCAAGUGCCUCGGCAAGAGCAAAGGUCGCCAGUAUCCGCCUAUGGAGGACAGAUCUUACAAACUCCUGCAGAGGUACUAUUUGUCGCAUAAUACAGCCUUGGUGAAGCUGCUGAAGAGGCUUGGCUCCAGGACGAUUCCUCAGUGGCUGAAGGACGAUCUUACGGACACCGUGAUGACCUAGCAAACGCCGAAUUUAUGAGACGAGGCGAAUUCUACCGAGUCCUCCGCACAAACGGAGGUCCUGCUUCCUGCCAAAAAGGGAGACCUGUAAAUUUGUUGUACAUUUUGCCAUAUUUUAUUAGACUUUUUAACGGACGAAAAAUCAGACACCGUAAAGGCCUAUCCUACUCGCGGUUACGAGAAGAAGGCCUAAUAGGUAGACGAGCGAGAAAGGCAGGGAUGGGCACGAAGGCGUUUCAACGAAUACUUUUACAUUGAAUACAAGUAUUCGGGUGUACUAUUUCCGGUGCAAAAAAGAAUUCAAUACGAUAAUCUUCGUCGUGUCGAAGGAUUGAGCUCUGACUUGUGCCAUACAAAUUUUGUCGGAGCAAAUUUACGCGACGUCGAUGUGAAAAUCUUGUCUCGGGAAUAACCGAUGGAUGGAUUUACUAUUUAUCUAACUUGGCGAUUGUUGAAUAUUCGUGGGACAUUUGUAUUACUUGUAAAAGUAUUAAUCGAAUUCCAGUGAGUCCAUGCUUGGACAAAAUCUAGGGUAAGAAAAGGAGAAAACUAGUCACUAAGCGGUCUCGUCGUGGCAAGCCCGUAAAUAUCGUAAUUGUUAAACUGUGGUUAUCCAAUGAUAUUAAUUAACGUUAUCGUUGUUAAGUCGCCGAGGCGACGAAUACGAAUAUCUCUGAUAAUCCCGGACCUCCUGUCAACAACUUGCCACGUUAAUAUCACUGCCACCGUGAAGUGUUUUUUGCAAUAAAAUUACGUAUACUUAUUAGUUGUAAAUAUACUUAUUAUUUUCUGAUUGAUUGCCAAGAACACUCGUCGGUGGCAGUGAAAUAACUGUUCAGUCAUCUGAAUGCAAUCACCGCUGUUGCAUUAAAUUUGGUCUCUGACUUGUUCAGAUAUAAACUUCAUGAAUCAGUAUAGGAAGAACUUACUGUAAAACGUUCCGAUCGUUUUAUGAAAUCUGCGGAAGGUUUUUUUAAGAGGUUCGGGAAUUUCGCGAGCCGAUCGAUUAUCUCACUGUCCGUAAUCGAAUUAAAGAAAAAAAAAAUUAAAUCGGGAAAUUGGUAUCGCGAUGCGUCUUUCCGAAAAAUUAUUACGAGAGAUCAUCGGGUUACAGUGUCCGAUCCAAGUGCUCGUAUCCAUAAUGGAAUUGUCCAGAUUAUUUGAAAAGGGUUUAUGGAUGUAACACGGGCACCACUUUCCUCGCUUAGUUUGCAUGAACGACAUUCCCAUGAUAUCGAUUACGUAGCCGUCACGGGUGGGACACACUUUUUUCCUCUUGGAUCGAUCAAGAUGGAAAGGGGUGCGGCAAUUUCUUCUUUACUGGUGAAAUACUUCGGUGACAGUGUAAAGCUUGGUGUAAUCUUGGUCGACAGUGGAGUGCGUGUACACAACUGACUCUAUGUAUAUUUUGACAAUACUAUUCUUGGUAAAGAUGAAUGAAAACUAGUUUACUAUUGCGUCCAGUUUGUACAUUGAUGUGUGACGACGCACAGUCAUCGUUAUUAUCAUUUCGAUAUCAAUGAUAGACGUACGUAAUUUUAAGAGCGCAGGAAAACGUGCUAACAGUCCCCGUUUGCAAUAACAACACUAAUAAUUAUGAUUAAUGAUACGAUUAAUCGAGCGCGAUGCUCGAUGAGCGGAGGAACAGACAAAAGACCUUAACUAGACCUUAAGUGGAAAUUAUAUCACAUGACGAUUAAUCUUCGUUAGAUCUUUUUCUUGUGUAAUUUAUAUUUUUACGACAAACGGCACCGAGAGAAUUGCUAUUCAUUAUGGAGAAACGAAAAAUAUCAAAUUUCCACUGCCGUCGUUAUCCUGCGACUCCCUCGGAAGCGAUGAACUUUUCAUAAGGACGGGAAAGACGAAAUUAUUUCCCACUUUCUCGUUUCGCUUUCCGAUUUAACUACAAAUCUUUAUUUAAUCCUAGAGAGUCGCUUUAGGAUGAUCCAUGACCAAAUGCAGAGAGCUAGAGAAGGGAAAUUUUAAAAAAGGAAUUGUAGGCCUUUAUGUAGAUUCCUUAGAUAUACUUUUACCUUAUCAUUUGUACAAAGUUAUGCUUUCCUCGUGAGUCUCUUACAUGUACAAUUAUACAAGACAACAGGAAAUGUGUAUUCAUAGAGACGCGUCAACAGGGUACGUUGUUAAGUCAGGCCCAAGUCUAAUACAAAUAUUUUGAGGUUGCAAUAACUGUCGAUCCUAUUAUUUAUUUUCUACAAUCCAUCGGGUACUCCAUAUUCGUUUAAUUUAUCACGCGAUUAAAGUUAAAAAAAAUAUAUAUCAAUUCCACGUCAAUUUAUUCAGAGCUGUGUAUUUCAGCGAAAUCGAAUUUAUCGUGUACUCGUUUCCUGCAAUAAUUCAGUCGAGGAAAAAAAAAUCCGUAAACAAAAAAAAUGCGAACUCGGAAAUGUAUUAACACGAAAUAUCAAAACAGCAGCCUUACGAUAAUUAAUUCGUAAGACCUUUCUAAUCGACUUUACUUUAUUUACCACUAAGACAAACUGCGAAGAGAAUAGUUGUAAAUUAUAGGGGAGAAAAUCAAAUUUGUACCGUUCGUGGAUUGUCCCGUAAUAAUUUGAAGCCGUGGUAGUUAAUAGCGACCUUUUAUUUUCUUACGUUUGUAAAUUUCUUACGUAGGCCACGAGUCGACGCCUCGUUAUUCGCGAUUGUCGAUACGCUCGUCGGCAGAUCAUGUACAAAGUUAAUUGUUACUAAUUAGCCCGAUCUAUUUGUUUAACAAGCGUGCCAUCUCGUCAGUACUAUGUACAUACACGUGGACGUUGACAAAGUAAAGGUAUACGUGAUUGCUCUCAUACACUACUAUGUAGACGAACGAUGCGUGUCAAUUUCAGGACCAAUCGAUAAAAUCCCAAUCCAAAAUUUGACUUCGACGGGCGCUGUUAUCUCGCAUGGAAAAUCUAUUCUGUAAUUUCCCGCUUCACCGCCCGUUCGCUAUACAUCAUGCAGAUCACCCGAACAAAGUUGCAUUAAUCGAAAGUGUUUAAAAUCAUUAGUUUCCCGAAACGUACUUUGUUGAAUUACAUUGAGAGAAAUGCGUCGGCAAAUUUCCCGAGGAAACUCGUCGGCGGGAAUUGUUAUACGACAUAUCGGCAUCCGUCACAGUCGAGUUUGGGACUGACUCUGCCCAAUUGUACUUGUACCUCCUGGAAUUGGCAUGUUACCCGACAUACUUGAUGUAUGCACGUGGAGUUGCGCUAUACGACGAAUCUGCAUGCAUACAUGUAUAAACCUUUGCCGGCGUCAAUACUUGACCCGACGACGGCGCAGUCCGGCCUCUUGUAGCCCGACAAUAAGGAGAAAAGUACGAACGAAAUCGGCGCUGAGAAAUUAUUCGAAAUGCGCAUCGUGCACGAUAAAAAAAAAAAUUAAAAGAAAAGAAGAAAUGAUAUUAACUGGAAGCGAUCGCUUUGUCGGAAUUUUUCUUCAGCCCAACUCGGAUCGGCUAGACGGUGUAAAUUCCAGAAAUUAGCACAAAAUUCCACGGCGAAGGGUCGCGAGUCCUCAUCAGAUCUUUUCCUUUCAAUAAUUGACUUUCCUUCUUUGAACGGCCCGUUAUUAUUCAACUUAUGCCGAUGGUUACUCCAUUGUAAAAUACUGUAAUAACUGUACGAAUAGGCCGUAAUAAGUUCUAAUAAAAGGAGAGGCCAGAAGAACUGGAGAUCCUAAA